AAAUAGGACCUGCUUAGGGACUGAGUCCCCAGUUUAAUUUUCUCAGGUCUCAAGGCUUCUCAUGUGGUUGACAGAUUACAUAGGGAAAUGAUACUGUUAUCCCAGUAUUUACUGGUUUAGUCUGAUUCUGUGCUCUAAGUGUGUGCUCUAAUUUUGUUAGGAUACACAGAGAGUGGACAUGCCUACUCAGAAUUUGUGAUUCUGAGGACACACAAAGGAAAGAUGUAUGUUCAGGAUUAUGCUAAAUCCUGUCAAUAGAGAAAAAUAAGACCAGAAGGGGUCACAGUCUAGUCGUGGGAGAUAAUUACAUUCAUUCAGGUGAAAGAAAUGCUCUUAAAGCUGUGUGACUGAAUGAGAUUACUAGUGAAUAUGUCCAAGUAGAGAGAAGGGGUAUGACGACCAUUGAGCCGUGGGGGAGAUGAUGAUGAGAGAACAUGGAACCCUGUCAGGCAUAGGGUCUCCUUCUUUCUCCAGUGAAUAUUGAUCGAGGCAAUUGCCUGAUGCUAGAACAUUUGUGACAGUGACCUUUGAGGAUGUAGCUGUGGAAUUCAACCAGGAGGAAUGGACUUUGCUAGUUUAAACUCAGAGAAAUCUAUACAGAGAUGUGGUGCUGGGGAACUAUGAGAAUCUGGUUGCAGUAGGUAGGACUGGUACCAUUUCUUCAUUUAAAUUUUUUCUGGAACAAAUAUUUCUUAAGUGACUAUUACAGGCACUCUGCUGAUUAAUGGGAAUGCCCUGGUAGACAGAGAAGACAUUGUUUCUGCUCUUAUAGACCUUACUCUCAAGCAGCUUUCUCUUGAAAAUGAAGAUCUGUUCAUUGUACUAGUUUUAUUUUCUCUAUGGAUAAAAGGCUUAAGACCUCAAAAAUGUAUAUACAAGUUUGAACCUGGAUUUCAGGGUAAAUACCAGCAACCCUCUUUAAGUAUAUUGAGAGAGAGAGAGUAUGUGUUUGCUUUUGAAAGUUUUAGUUUCAUUUGGAAGUUUACUGGUAUGGUAGAGUUACAUGAAAAUUUUGUUGUUUCUCAAGUUAUACCCAACAGUAUUUGAUAUCCCUGAAGAGCAGAAUCUUGGCCCAUGAUUUAUGAAGGUAUUUGAUAUCCCUUUCCAUGUUCUUAACAUGAAGGAUCUUUCAGUGAGAGGAAGACAUCAACUAUGCACACCUGGUCUGAUCUUUCAGAUGGAAUAAAGAGAAGUGCUGAAGACAGUGGGGAAAAGUUCUCCAAAGUGAGGGAAAAGCUCUGCUUGCUCAGAACUCUGCCAGGUGAGGAGGGAGACACAGAAAGGGAAGAAUGGGUGCAGGAUUGCUGACAUCUUGGUCACAGGACUUGGUGACCUUUGAGGAAGUAGCAGUGGACUUCUCCCAGGAGGAGUGGGCACUCCUGAACUCUGCUCAGAAAAUCCUGUACAGAGAUGUGAUGAUGGAGAACUUUAAGAACCUGGCCUCUGUGGUUUCAGGCUGGGCUACUCAACUUAAAUCAAAACAUUCAAUUCCUAUGCAGAAUGUUCCUGAGGAAAAAACUUCUAAUGGCAUAAAAAUGGCACCAACUCACCCUGGUGAGAAACCUUUGGAAUUUGAUCACUAUGGAAAAUUCUUCAGAAAGAACUGUCACCUUAUUUGUACAAGAUAUUACAAGGGACAGAAAUGCUACAAAUAUAAAGAAUACAGGAAAGAUUGUGACCAUUUCUUAACUCUUAGGAGUCAUAUGAGUACUCACUCUGAAGACAAUAUUUCUGAAUUUAUUGACUGUGACAGAGUUUUCAAUCUAGAGUCAUCCUGUAGGGAACACUCAAGAACUCUCACAGGAGAGAAAUCUGAGUGUAAUCAAUGUCUUCUGUCCUUCAGCUUACACUCUUCCUUUUCAGGACAUGUGCAAAACCCUAUUGGAGAGAAACUCUGCGAAUGCAAUGACUAUGGACAAAGACCUUCCCUUAGGGUGCACAAAAACUCGUGUACUGAGAAGGGAAGCUUAAAAUGUGAUAAACAUGGGAAGGUUUUUACUGGCCCUUUGUCCCUUCAGAAAUGUGAGAGACUUCACACUGCAGAGAAACCUUAUGAAUGUAGUGACUGUGGGAAAAUAUUCAUUUUUCACUCUUCCCUUAAGAAACAUGUGAGAUCACACACUGGAGAGAAGCCUUAUGAAUGUAAUCAUUGUGGAAAAUUCUUCAGCCAGAGCUCUCAUCUUAAUGUGCACAAAAGAACUCACACUGGAGAGAAACCCUAUGACUGUAAGGAAUGUGGCAAGGCUUUCACUGUUCCUUCCUCCCUCCAAAAACAUAUGAGAACCCACACUGGAGAGAAGCCCUAUGAAUGCAGUGACUGUGGAAAAGCCUUUAUUGAUCAGUCAUCCCUUAAGAAACAUCAACGCUCUCACACCGGAGAGAAACCUUAUGAGUGUGAUCAAUGUGGAAAAUCCUUCAGCACGGGCUCUUAUCUUAUUGUGCACAAGAGAAUGCACACUGGAGAGAAAACCUAUGAAUGUAGCGAAUGUGGGAAGGCCUUUAGGAAUUCCUCUUGCCUGCGGGUACAUGUGAGAACUCACACAGGAGAAAAACCCUAUAAAUGUAUUCACUGUGGAAAAGCAUUCAGCACCAGCACUAACCUUAUAAUUCACAAGCGAAUACAUACAGGGCAAAAACUUUAAGAAUGAAAUGACUACAGGCUAGCUUUAAGUGGCCCUUCACACCUCAUUCCUCACUCUAGAACUCACACUGGAGAGAAACCUCAUUGUAAGCAAUGGUGAAAGCCUUUAGGCACAACUCUCAACUUAACCUUAUACAGGGAGCAACCUUCUGUUACAGUUCUGUGAUUGUCUUUAUCAGUGAGUGUUUCAUCCUUAAAGUUUGACAACUCAUUAAUGGAGUAUUAAAUGUAAUGUAGCAUUCUAAAUUUCCCUUGAUUUACAUCACAGAAGUUUUGAUCGAUAAUGUUUUCAUUGUAAUUUAGAACUUAAUAUUGUCCAAUUCUCAUCAAGAUGUCUUGGAUCUAUACAAGAUUCUUGGAUUUAGAAAUGUAUUUUAAUGUGAAAACUGCAUAUUUUAACUAUUUUUUAGUUAUAGAUUUCUAAUUUAAUUACAUUGUGCACUCAAAAUAUGGUCUUCAUGAUAUAGAUUCUAAAUGACACAUACUCAGAUAGAAAAUGGUUGGAGAUUUGCUUUGUGGCCUAAUGUGUCAGAUAGAACCAGUUGCUGUUCCGUAUUCAUUGCUCCCUUCCUUAAAGUAACAGAAUGAUAAUUGUGUUCAAGUUGGCAGUGUGGACAGUUUGUUAAGGAAUUAUCUAGCUUUCCUUGUAGCUAUGAGUGCCCAUGAGCCCACAGUCCUGGCCAAUGAGAAAGAGUGAGAGCUGCUC